UUUACCUAAAUUUUUCUGAUCAUACGACGCCGUAAAAGAUCAUCUCCAGAAAACCUAAUUUUCCUCUCCCCCACCCCCACCCAUCUCUUCCCGCUCAUUUUGACGACUGGCGCCGCGCAGCACCGCAACGGACCGCGUCGCAUUAUCACCGGCCUCUCUCUCUCUCUCUAAGCCUCGAUCGAUUUAUUGUAGUGCUUUUCCUCUCUCUAAUUCCUUCCUGUCCUCGCGUUCUCCGCCGGUCUUCUUUUCUACUCAAGCUGCUACCAUAAGUGAAGAUCUUUCCAAGCGUAAGUAAUACGGGCGCACCUCGAUCCCGAUUUUCUCCAAAAAGUAGCUGUUUUUUUUGGAGGUACUUAAGCAACAUUCUUCAAUAUUAUGGGUGAUAGUGAAAUAGCAGUUGCUCAACAAUCAUCUAUUAUGGGGUAUACAUCAGCUGGACAUCCUUCCAUUGACAAUUUUCAAGAGUUUUCUGAAAUGGAAACUGAUGAAUUGGCUGCCGCCGCCCCCCCUGUGACAACUGUUGCUGACAAUUCAAAAGUUUCUUAUGAGACAAGUGCUGUUGGUUCAGAUCAUGAUGUAGCUAGCAGUGGUGCAAUCCUAGGCAUUCCAGACACUGUUUCGAUGGUUUCAUCACACUCCACUGCUUUUCUUAGUGAACCACAGAAUGAUGCAUCGAGCAGUAUUGGUGAGAAUGGUAAUCUUUCAAAUGGUGUUCAAGGAUCUACUGCUGUGCAGGAAGUGGCAGAUAACACUGCAGCACUAUCUUCCGAAGAAGAACGUUUAUGGAACAUAAUUAAAACAAAUUCCCUGGAGUUCAACGCAUGGACUGUCCUAAUUGAAGAGACGGAGAAAGUAGCAGAGAACAUCAUCUCAAAAAUAAGAAGAGUUUAUGAUGCAUUUUUGUUGGAGUUCCCUUUAUGCUAUGGUUAUUGGAAAAAGUAUGCAGAUCACGAGGCACGCUUUGGUUCUAUCGAUAGAGUUAUGGAGGUUUAUGAGCGAGCUGUUCUAGGGGUGACUUAUUCCGUUGACAUCUGGUUGCAUUAUUGUACCUUUGCUAUAACUACAUAUGGAGAUCCAGAUACUAUUAGAAGGUUAUUUGAGAGAGGGUUAGCUUACGUAGGAUCAGAUUACCUCUCAUCACCACUCUGGGAUAAGUAUAUUGAGUAUGAAUACAUGCAACAAGAAUGGUCCCGUCUUGCCAUGAUCUACACACGGAUUUUAGAGAACCCUAUUCAACAACUGGAUCGCUAUUUCAAUAGCUUUAAAGAAUUAGCUGCAAGCCGACCACUAUCAGAGCUGAAAACAGCAGAGGAAAAGACUGUUGCUACUACUGUGAGUUCAGAAGUUGGUGGCCAUGAAACUUCUGGUGAGGUUGAUAUUUCUGCUACAGAAGAAUCAUCUAAUCCUGUAAGUCCAGGCUUUACAGAAGCUGAGGAAUUGGAGAAGUACAUCACCAUUAGAGAAGAGAUGUUUAAGAAAGCUAAAGAGUUCGAUUCUAAGAUCAUUGGUUUUGAAACAGCUAUAAGGAGGCCUUAUUUUCAUGUGCGGCCCCUCAAUGUUGCUGAACUUGAAAAUUGGCACAAUUAUCUUAAUUUUAUUGAAGCAGAAGGAGAUUUCAAUAAGCGUCUUUUAAAACGGGAUAUUGAACUUGGACAAAAGCAUGGACUUUUCCUUUGGUUGUUCUUACUUCCUUAUCAUCUAUCUGUCAGGCUAGGAGAGUCCCUCUUCGUAUUUGAGGGGCCUCUCUGUUCUAUCAAAGGAGUACUUGUAGUGAGGCUAUAUGAAAGAUGCGUUAUUGCUUGUGCAAAUUAUCCUGAAUACUGGAUACGGUAUGUUUUGUGCAUGGAGGCUGGUGGCAGCAUGGAUCUAGUAAAUAAUGCACUUGAUCGUGCUACUCAAGUGUUUGUCAAGAGGCAGACAGAGAUUCAUCUCUUUGCUGCUCGACUCAAAGAGAAUAGUGGGGAUAUUGAAGGAGCACGUGCAGCCUACCAACUUUUACAUACCGAAAUUUCUCCUGGUCUCAUAGAAGCUAUUAUCCGACAUGCAAACAUGGAACAUAGACUGGGAAAUCUGGAGGAUGCUUUUUCUGUAUACGAACAGGCCAUUGCAAUCGAGAAAGGGAAAGAUCUGUCACAAACUUUGCCAUUUUUGUUUGCACAAUAUUCUAGGUUCUUCCUUUUGGUUGUUGGAAAUUUAGAAAGAUCUCAUGAAAUCCUUAUAGGAGCACUAGAGACUGUACAGCCAUCAAAACCACUUAUAGAGGCUUUGAUUCUUUUGGAAUCUAUGCGCCCACAUCCGAAACAAAUUGAGUAUUUAGAUUCAAUAGUUGAGAAAUUUAUUAUUCCCACAGCUGAUAAUGCUAAUAUUGCCAGCAUAUCUGAGAGGGAGGAGCUCUCAAGCAUUUUCUUGGAGUUUCUAGAUCUCUUUGGACAUGCACAAUCUAUUAAGAGGGCUGAAGAUCGGCAUGCUAAGCUCUUCCUACACAUCUCGUCAGAAUCAAGAAAGCGGCAGGCAGAGGACUUUCUAGCUUCUGACAGGUCAAAGCUGGCCAAGGCUUACACUGGUAACUCGUCCCCUGUUCCUGCAGUAGCUGGGCCAUACCCAACAACUGCGCAAACCCAGUGGCCAGCUGGUUAUGCCCCACAGGCUCAAGUCUGGCCACAAGGAACACCGGCCCAAGGACAACAAUGGAACCCUGGUUAUACCCAACAGGCUGCUGCAUAUGGUACUUAUGGAGGCAGUUAUACAAACCCACCAACAUCUGUGCCUCAAACUGCUGCUGCUUAUGGUGCUUAUCCUCCUCAGCCCCAACAAGCUGUUGUACAGCAGCAGACAGCGGCAGUUCCAGUUCCCCAGGCUUAUUAUGGAAAUUAUUAUUGAUUUAUGAUCUCUUAAUAAUUUUAUACUUUACUCUCUAUGAUGAGAUGAACACUGAACACUAUGUUGGUGCUGUAAUGUUGUGUACACCUUAGCUGUAUGUUUAGCUUUUUUCUUGUUAUAAUUUAGAUUCUUCUCCCAAAUGUAUGCAUUUUAUACAUCUUUGUGGUUCGAGUUGCUUGAAUUAAUUGAAGUAGUUAUCAAUUAUUA